GUCUCUUGAUGGAAUUGGAGUCUAUGAAACAUGAAGCUGCCAGUCCUAGACCUGACCAACCUGACAAACAGCGAACGCCGGACGGGACUGGCAGCUUGGUCAGUGAAGACAAAACCAAAAUCACGAGGCACCCUCGAUGGACCCGACAAGAGACCUUUGUCCUCAUAGAAGGCAAGAGGAUCGUGGAGAAUGUGGUCCAGAGGGGCCGGCGAUCCACUUCAGCGUUGGGGACAGAAAAUUUCGAACCCAAGUGGGAUUUGGUCUCGUCUUACUGCAGGCAGCGCGGCGUGAGCAGAUGGCCUGUUCAGUGCAGGAAAAGAUGGAGCAAUCUGCUUGUGGAUUUUAAGAAAAUCAGGAACUGGGAGGCACAGAUAAAUCAAGAGGCCGAGUCGUUUUGGGUGAUGAGGAAUGAUGUGAGGAGGGAGAGGAGGCUGCCUGGUUUCUUUGAUCGGGAGGUUUACAAUGUGUUGGUUGGAAAGGAAGUGACUGCAAUGGAAGCCUGUCCCCUGGCAUUGUUUAUGCCGGGGCAAACAGAUGUGAAGGAUGGUGAUGGGACAGAGGACGCGGCUGCAGAGGAAGAGGAUGAGGAGGAGGGACCUGAGAAAGAUUUAAAUGGCAGUCGAGAUGAUAUGGCAGAAGAUAGAUUAAGUUCAGAUUUUGAGGAGUCUGGGCAAGACGAGACAGCCAAGAAAUCAAAGAACGAAAACCUUAUGCAAGACAGCCCAACAAAAACAGUCACAACUCCAAUGCCUAAUUCAGGUGUGAUAAAGGAGAAACGAAGUCUCGGAUCAAAGACUUCCGGAGAAAAUGUUUAUCAGGAGAAAUGGAAGCAGAGGCGGGUGUCAACAGAUGAAAGCGAACACCGCAACAUUGCCCAGCUGAUCAAAGUUCUGGAAAGGAACAGCAACAUGCUGAAUGCGCAACUUGAAGCUCAUAACAUAAAUUGCCAUUUUGAGAGGGAACAAAGGAAGGAGCAAAACAAUAGCAUACUCGGUGCUCUCGGCAAGGUCACAGAUGUUCUAGCAAGAAUCGCUGACAAAUUAUGAUCAACCUUUGUGGUAAAGCGUAAAACUUAGGAAGCUGCAUACACAUCUUUAUCCUAGGCUCAUUUUUACUUUCUUCUUGUACCAGUUAUUGACAUAAAGCUAUCGAAUUUAUAUCUUCUAAUCUUAAGUAGUUAAUCAGAGACGACAUCAGACUCCAUAAGAGAUACAAAGAUCAUUGUUAGCUUCGUAAACUUGAUUGUUUCAUCUGCUUACUGUUAUAAUUAGCAAAUUUUUGCCAUCUAGCUAUGCAAAU